UUUUGUGAUACCUGAUGGGGAGCUAGUUAACACAUCACUUUUAAACCGCAUGGACAGACCAUGGAAGCAGCAUAGAUACACAUUGAAGAAAAAACAUUUCGAUCCAGUGAAAACUCCAGAACAGAACUUUGCCAAUCUGCCUGAUGGAGUCUCCUCUAAGAGUUGGUCGGAUUUGGUUACAUAUUGGUUUACACCAAAGGCCAUGGAAAAAUCUGAACUUGGAAAAAAUGCUCGAGCAUUACAAGACCGUAAUCACAAGAGUGGUGCUACAAGCUUUGCUAAUCGAAGAGCUGAUUUGAAAAAGAAAGGGGAGUUUAGCGAAUUGGCAUUUUACAAAUCAGUUUAUGCCAAAGAUGGAAGCUUUGAAGAGGGCACACCCUCUCAUCAAUUUAUGGAGGAAGCAAACGAUGAGGUCCAAGAAAACCUUGCGAGUUCCUCUUCUUCCUUGUCUAGGGUUGAAAUUGAGAAUGAGGUCUUUAAUAGGCUUAUGUAUAAAGGUGAAAUACCUAAACGUCCUCUGAAUUAUGGGUUUGGAGUGAAACAAAGUGACAUCUUUGGAGUGGAAGGUUUGCUAAGGAAAGAAGGGUCAAGCUAUGUUAACAAUGGUGCCGUGGAAGUGGAGAACAUAAAAGGUGAACUAUCAGCUGUAAAGAAGCAAAAUCAGGAACUUGCACAACAAAAUAAAGCUCUAAGCACGAAGUUUGAUGAAACAACGCAGUCAUUUAAAAUGAUUGCUUCUUUCUUAGGACAAGUUUUGAAGGAAGUACGCAAAGGAAAUGUUUCAUCAGACCUUUUAGAUGGUGCGGAAUCAGCAAUACAUAUGAUUAAUGAUGAUUCUGGUGGCAGUGGUGAAAAAUAGGCCGAGACAUGAGAUGUGGACACUAUUGCCAAAAGCAAGAUUAAUGAUGAUUCAAGCUAUAAUGGUGAAACUUAGAGGGAUAACAAGUUAUCUUCAAGCGCGCUAAGCUAUCAUGGCGAUAGGAUUUAUUUGCUUAAUUAGACUUAGUUAGGAAGUUGUUUUUCUUUCGUUUUUUACUAUGUUGAUCAGGGUAGAACAAAUGAUGCUAGAAAGUUGUUUUUGUAUUGCUUUUAUUUCAGUUUGAGUUGACAAUACAAAUUAAUG